AUGUCUAGGUUUUUAAUAAUCAUGAAUACAUCAAAAGCUUUAAUCGAUAUCACAACUACCAUUACAAGAUUUGAAAAGGAAAGUGAAGACUGGAAAGAUAAAUAUAUCAAGGUAAUUGAAGAUAACAAAAAACAUAUAGAUAGAUUAGAAGAAGAUAUCAAGAAACACAUUAGCACUAUAGAUGAUUUAUCUUUGAAAGUAGAAAACCUUCAAACGCAAAUAGAUCAACUCAAAGCAACAAGAAAGAACUUCUCUGAUAAACUUCUUCUUGGAGAGUUAGGCAGACAAAUAGAAAAGGCAAUUUGCAAACAUAUUCUUGGAGAUAAUACAAGAAUUAAUACCUUGUAUGUCAUGUUCAGCUUAUUAAAAAGCGAUAAAUCUUUCAAAACAAAUUGGAGUAACUUAAUGAGUAAUGUUGGUUGGAACAACAACUUAUAUCAAACCAUUUUGGAUCUCAAAGAUUUACAUUUAAAUGAAUGUCAUCCUACAACAUGUGAAGAUGGUUCAUCACUUACCUCGGAUUAUUUACAAAAUAUUGCUAGCAAUUACAUAAAAGGUCAAUACAAGAGUCUCAUUUUACAAGAUAUCAAAACUUUGUUGAACAUUUUGGAAAGUUUCAAUAAACAAACACUUUUUUUUGGUAUUCAUUGUAGAUUAACUUGUUGGUUAUUUCAUUAUGUUAACUUUGAUUAUAAAGUUGAUGAGAAUACUGAUUAUUGA